AUGGUUCUUGCAGUGAAGGACAGAGGUGACAACUACAAUGUCCUGACCAGCAGUCUUCCAAAGGAGCAGUAUCCUAAUCCAUCUAAGAUGAGCAAGAUGGUAUCAAUUCCAAGUUUCUACUCGGAUAAUGGGACCAUGACUAUAAGCACUCCAGUGAGAUUUGGUCCCUGGGGUGGAAAUAGUGGUACCAUAUUUGAUGAUGGAAUAUACACCGGUGUCCGACAAAUCAAUUUAACACGGGGACUAGGGAUAUUUUCCAUGAAGGUUCUCCAUGAUCGCAACGGACAGGCCAUAUGGGGUGACAAGCGUGGAGUCAGUGGGGGCGCUAGACCUGAAAAGGUUGUAUUCGAUUUCCCAUCAGAGAUCUUGAUUCAUAUAACCGGUUACUUUGGCUCGACGAUGAUCAUGGGCCCGACGGUGAUCAAAUCACUCACAUUCCACACAACAAAGAAGAGCCAUGGACCAUUUGGGGACGAACAUGGCACCUUCUUCUCCAGCUGUUUGACCGAUGGAAGGAUAGUAGGAUUUCAUGGCAGGGCAGGAUGGUACAUCGACAGCAUUGGAGUUCAUGUUCUGGAAGGAAAGGUGUUGUCACAGAGAGUAGACACAGAGCUGACCGACGCAGGCCCGUCUCGACAGUCUGACAUGCUUGCACUAGCACGAAGGGAAAUCGGAGAUGAGGUCACAUACGGUGUGGUGAAAGAACCCAUACCAAUAGGUCCAGGACCAUGGGGUGGGGACGGAGGCAAGCCGUGGGAUGAUGGCGUCUACACUGGCGUCAAACAAAUCUACAUCAUGAGAACCGAUUUCAUCGGGUCUGUUCAGAUCGAGUAUGACAGGAGUGGGCAGUCCAUCUGGUCUACCAAGCAUGGAAAUGGUGGCCAGAUAACACACAGGAUCAAGCUUGACUAUCCACACGAGGUCCUGACCUGCAUCUACGGAUACUACAACACCUGCGUGGAAGAAGGGCCCAGGGUCUUGAGAUCGCUCACCUUCGUCAGCAGCCGAGGGAAGUACGGCCCGUUCGGCGACGAGAUCGGGACCUACUUCACCUCUGCUACGACGGAGGGGAAGGUGGUCGGCUUCCACGGCCGGAGCAGCCUCUACUUGGACGCCAUUGGGGUGCACAUGCAGCACUGGUUGGGAGACGUGAAAACUGCUAGCGCUUCCAACUCCAAGUACUACAUCUCCAGGUAUCUGUUCUGA